AUGGGCCCAGGUCCUUCCUCAACCCAGCGGUCACCCAAGAGAUCACCAAAACGAAAGGUUCUUCAUGAGCGAAGCCAGUCACAAACAAACCGAAUCCCUCAACGCAUACCUAACGAUGGAGUGAAACCAGUGAUACCCUCAUCAACGCCAUAUCCAACUAAAGCAGCCCAUGUGCUGUUGCCAAGUUCAAUAAAAAGUCGGGAUGGAAGGAGUGACAUUUCUGGGGCCUCCUUUGCAGCAAGAAUUGCGAAGGGGAAGGAGAAGGCUCAUCCUGGCGCAAGUCAGAUUCACUUGGGAGUUCCCAGCACGAGCAAUCCAAACGCAUUGGGAAUCAAGCGGUCUGUUAGUGAGCUGCGGGAUCUCUAUGAAAAUAAGCCCGGGUCCCGGCCGUCGACCAGUCACUCAGGACUUUCGAGCAAGCCUUCCAGUUUAAUAUCUUCACCAGCCUUGAGAGGACACUUUCUGGGUGAGAGGCUCUCUAACCAUGGCAAGUUUCUUCCAUCCGAGUUGGAGGAAGUCUCAUCCUUGCCGUCACCACAACAUCCUUCCUGCUCGAUCAAGAAAAUCACUUCAGAAUCUUCCUUGCCUCCUCCUCCAACACCUCCUCAAUCUACUUUAAGUGAGGGCUCGUUGGAAGUAUCUUCAAGUGUUGCUGAAGGUCUCCCAACUACCUCGUCUAGUCCAGAUCUCAUAACCCCUGGUAGCUCUUCCAGCGCCCCUGACGAAGCACCAGCACUUUCAUCAAGUCCGAAUUUCAUUUCACUGGGCCAUUCAUCCAGCCAAGAUUUCAAUUCCCAAGCGCACGUUUUAAACCUUAAUAUUGCUCCAUUAAAACUACCAUCUAGUCCGACUUUUAAUCCUAUUUUACCUUUCAGCUCGAAAGCAAUUCGAUCAGAACAUUCUUCCAGUCCACGGUCCGAACCAGCAGCGACUUCGUCAAGUCCAAAUGUCAUUGCGUUGGGCAGUUCGUCUCCUAACUAUGUAAUCACAAAGUAUGAUGAUUCACCGGAAGCUUCUGUUGAUUCACUACGAACAGUCAAGAAGCGGCGCAAUGAAGUGGUCCACGAGCAGCCUUCUACUUCCACAUUCUCCACUCGCUCGGAACAGUUCAGCUCCAGUCCGCCAGAACCAAGAAGGUUUGUAGCUUCUGGUUCCACUCUGGACUCUCCGUUGGCGUCAGGAUGCCACUUAGAAUCUUCUAUUCUGUCAGAGAACAGUGGAUCACGAGCACAUGCAGAACUUCAAGCUGCUCUUGGGUCCAGCCCAGUCCCAGAAAUUCAGUACCCGGUCGUGUUGGCACCCAGGACGGGCACAUGGGAAGACUUGGUUGUUCCGAAAAGAGCACCCCGGUUCGCCUGCGAAGAUGACCCCCCAGCGAGAUGGAAUCCGCACCUGUCCACAGUGCUUUCUGAAUGGUCGGAAGAAAACCAGUUGGGCUCGUUCCAUACGGUGGGUACUGACGAUUCAUCCGACACUCAUUCGAUACCCGAAAUGCCUCAAGCAGCAUACACUCGCGACCGAAUGAUCGACAACUCAACAACCAGCAUCCUACAUGAUGCAGAUCGACGAGAAGCUACUGACACGAUCUCGGCUCUGAGAGUUCCGCAGCUUCACAACAAAACGUCUGGCCUUCUUAGCAUAUUGUCGGGGAGUUCUCGGAGUAAUAGCAUGAGAAGCAUCAUCUUGCGAAGAACAAAUUCGAGCGGUAGUUUGCACAGCGUCAUACGAUUUCCUGCAUGGGCACGCCGUUACUAUUCGCGAGGCCCGUCUGAUUCCUUCUACUCUCUUCCAUUGGAUAUCUCCAGUUCAAAUCUUUGUCAGCCAUCUCUUCCUUCCACUGCACUUAACCCUCCCACUAUACAGCCACCAUCUCAUAGUUUGUUCAGGCCACGUACAAGAGGUGGCAAGAAUGCCAGAGAGAGCCAUAUGCUGCCAGGUAUUGGACCUCUGGUUUCGAACCCAAGCCAACACCGACUGUCCUCUUUAGCACUGCAUCCCGCCGAUCCUCGUUCGCACUGGGCUGGAGCAGAACGGUCCGCCUUACAAGGCGAGCUGAAUCAUCAACCUCCCGUUGGAUCUCGCUUCGCCAAUCCAUGGUCACCCCAUCUGUUUCCCGACAACCGCGCAAGCGGACGCAAUCGCUGGCUGGCGCCUUCCAUCAAUGAUACUGGUGCGCCCAUCUUCACAUUGCGGAAUGCGCAUAUGCUUGGCUUCAUGCUGGGUUUCGUCUUCCCGGUCAGCUGGUUCAUUGCCGCAUUCCUCCCUUUGCCAGCCAAGCCAGUCAUGAAGGAGGUGGUGCAGGAUCCCGAGGUUGGUGGGUUGACUCUGCAAGAGCAGCUGGAUCGUCAGACAACCAUAGGAGAAGAAAUCAGGUACACAAGUCUCCGGUGGUGGCGCAACCUCAAUCGUUUCAUGAGCAUAGUUGGCUUGGUGGUCAUUGCGAUCAUUAUUACACUAGCCGUCAUUGGAACCCGUAGAGGCUUCUCACCUCGGUAG